UCUCCAGCGCGAGUCCAUCCGUGAGCGCUCAACAGGUUUCAUCUGAGUCAAGGCAACGCAAGGAUUUCUCAUAGUUUGUUCAUUCGUCUCUGCAGAUUGUAAAAACAUAUCUUAAUGAGCACAAUUGUGCCGUAUAAACGUGAUGAAGCGCUAAAGAUUGUUUUUCCCUGAGCUUUUGAAUUUUGGUUUCAUGCCGGGACGGUGCCGCGUUACCCUGGCGGGCGAUGGCAAAGACAUUUAAUGUCCAUUCUCUCGUCGAAUUUCUUUUUAUCAUCAACUUGGCUAUAGCAAUAGAGCUUAGGUUCGUACCUGAUCCGCCAACCCUAAACAUCACUGAAAAGAUUCUCAAAAUCAAUGCUUCAGAUACAUUGGAGAUCACUUGCAGAGGGCGCCAGAUCCUGGAUUGGUCUUUACCUUACAACAGAACCCAUUUUGAAACCCGUCUCACCAUAUCCGACUGUAGUGGUGAAGGACUAUUCUGCAGCACUUUAACCCUAACCAGGGCAGUAGCCAAUGAGACGGGAGAGUACCGCUGCUUCUACAAAAACCUGCACAUAGAGGAUGGGAAGACUUCAAAAGCAGUUUAUGUCUUUGUACAAGAUUACCACACACCAUUUGUCCGAAUGACUCAAGUUUAUGAUGUGGUGUUCAUUCGGGAGAGAGAACAGGUGGUCAUUCCCUGUCUAGUAUCCGUGGAGGAUCUAAAUGUUACACUUUACACAAAGUAUCCAGUUAAAGAACUAGCCACUGAUGGGAAAGAGGUCAUCUGGGAUAGCAAGAGAGGCUUCAUCCUCCCUAGUCAUGUGGUCAGUUAUGCUGGUGUGGUCUACUGUGAAACCAUUAUUCAAAACGAGACUUAUCAGUCCUCAACUUACAUUGUUACCGUUGUAGGAUACAAGAUCUAUGACCUCACCCUGAGUCCAGCUUAUGAGAGGCUGACGGUGGGGGAGAGGCUAGUGCUCAACUGCACUGCUCACACCGAACUCAAUGUGGGAAUCGACUUUCAGUGGACCUUUCCACAUGAGAAGAGAAGUGUGAACAGCUCAACACCACGGUCACGCUAUGACAUCAAAUCCAACAAGAAGAAGCUGUGGAACUCUUUAGAACUGUCCAAUUCCCUCAUUGUACAGAAUGUGACCAUAAAUGACACAGGAGAGUAUAUAUGCACAGCCUCCAGUGGUCAGAUGCAGAAGACCGCCCAUGCCUCCCUAAUUGUCUAUGAGAAGCCAUUUAUAGCACUGAAUGAUCAGUUGUUGCAGACUGUAGAGGCAACUGUUGGCCAAGAAGAGGCUAAAAUCCUUGUUAAAUAUUAUGCCUACCCAGAGCCAUCUGUCAAGUGGUAUAAGAAUAACCAGCCAAUAUCCUGGAAAGAUGAGUACAGGAUGAAGCCUGCAAGAGGAUCUCUCACCAUAUAUGGUGUAACAGAGAAGGAUGCUGGGAAUUACACUGUUAUAAUGACCAAUAAAGUCACCAAAGAGGAGCAGAGACGAACAUUUCAACUGUUGGUUAAUGAUCGUCCUAGGAUAUUAGAGAAGGAAGUACCUUUGGAUCGAGAUGUUCAUAUGUAUGGCAGUAGCCCAACAUUGAGAUGCACUGCUAGCAGUGGAUCCAGCCCUGUUACAAUACAAUGGCAGUGGAUGCCCAGAGAGGACUGUCCAAUCAGAUUUCAACCAAAGUCCGAUCAGAAUGUGGUGAAGUGUGAUAAAUGGAGGGAGAUAUUGAACAACACAGGAAAGAAUCCCAUCAGCAGCCCCAUAUCUGUCAUUGAGCGAUCUCUCAAGACUAUUAGCAUACUGAAGAUCCAGAAAGCAGUUGACCAUGCUCUCUACAGGUGCAUUGCCACCAAUAAGAUGGGAACGGAUGAAAGAAUCAUCGUAUUCCAAGUAACUCGUUUCCUCAACCUGAGUGUUCUGCCAUCUAGCAGCCCUAUUGAGGGAGAAGAUGUUGUAAUGCGCUGUGUAGCCGAUCGGCUGUUGUACUCUAACUUGCGUUGGUAUCGGGUAACAAACAUAGCCAACCCUAAUGCCCUUCCAGUGGCCGUGCCCUGCGAUAGCCUCACCCUUUCACCUUUCCACCAGCCUAAUGUCACCAUAUUAGGCCUGCAGGGCACCAAUGCAACACUAGACCUGCCCAUACCAAACACAACUUUGAUGGACCAAGGCCUGUACGCCUGCCAAGUAGAGAAUGUAGGCACCAGUGAGAGAACCUGCUUACUUCACAACCUAAGACUCCAAGCUCUUGAGAUGGCAAGAAUUGUGACCAAUCUGACUGACCAGAGAGUGAAUGUAAGUGACUCUACCAUGCUAGUGUGCGAGGUUUCGGGUACACCAACGCCUACUGUUUUUUGGACUAAAGACAACCAGACUGUUGUAGAGGGAUCAGGUGUGAUUCUGAAACAGUCAAAUCGUAUCUUGACCAUCCAACGGGUGAAAAAAGAAGACAGUGGUCUGUACAUAUGUACAGCCUGUAACCAUCUGGGCUGUGACUCUGACGAGGCUCUUCUCACUGUGGACGGUGCAGAAGAAAAGAUGAAUGUGGAAUUGAUCAUGCCUAUUGGUGCUGUGGUCAUCGGCAUGUUCCUCUGGCUCCUCAUCGUCUUUGUCAUUCGCAACAGGAAACGGCCUAAUGAUGUAGAACUGAAAACUGGCUACCUAUCAAUCAUCCUUGACUCGGAUGAUAUGCCAAUGGAUGAGCAUUGUGAGAGACUGACUUAUGAUGCAAGCAAGUGGGAGUUUCCGCGUGAUAGACUGAAACUAGGGGAGCCGCUGGGCAGAGGAGCAUUUGGUCAAGUUGUGGAGGCGACUGCAUAUGGUAUCGAGAAGGCCAGCACCUGUACUACAGUAGCAGUGAAGAUGCUCAAGGAGGGUGCUACCUCCAGUGAGUACCGUGCUCUGAUGUCUGAGCUGAAGAUUCUGAUCCAUAUUGGUCAUCAUCUUAAUGUGGUCAACCUUCUAGGAGCCUGCACCAAACCAGGGGGACCCUUGAUGGUGAUUGUAGAGUACUGUAAACACGGUAACCUCUCCAGCUAUUUAAAAAGCAAGCGAGGAGAAUACAGUCCCUACAAGAGGCAUACUUCACGGCCAUGCAGGAGGGAAGUACAGCAGUUAGAGGAUUUGUGUGAGGGGGAUCUGGGUCUGGGAGCCAGCACUCGACUGGACAUCUGCACUGGCACUGCGGUAUGCACCAGACUGGGAGAACAGACCACCACUACCCAUGUGCAGGAUGAGCAAGAGAGUUCAGACUGGGAUCAACUGACAAUGGAGGAUCUCAUCAGUUAUAGCUUCCAGGUGGCCAAAGGCAUGGAGUUCCUAGCCUCCAGAAAGUGUAUUCACCGUGACUUGGCAGCUAGAAACAUCCUACUAUCAGAGAACAACGUGGUGAAGAUAUGUGAUUUUGGUCUGGCCAGAGAUGUCUAUAAAGACCCUGAUUACGUCCGUAAAGGAGAUGCUCGUCUUCCUCUCAAGUGGAUGGCUCCAGAGACCAUAUUUGACCGUGUGUACACCACACAAAGUGAUGUGUGGUCAUUUGGUGUGCUGCUAUGGGAGAUCUUUUCACUUGGUGCAUCUCCAUAUCCAGGUGUGUGUAUUGAUGAGUCUUUCUGCAGGCGACUCAAGGAGGGAACCAGAAUGCGAGCUCCAGACUAUGCAACACCUGAGAUAUAUCAGACCAUGCUGGACUGCUGGCUUGAUCGGCCUAAAGACAGGCCAACUUUUACUCAGUUAGUUGAGCAUCUGGGUAAUCUGCUACAGGCUAGCGCUCAACAGGAUGGAAAGGACUACAUCCCAUUGACAAACCGAGACAUGGAAGAAGAAUCUGGAACAUCUAAUAGAACACCUUACAUAGGCAGCACAGAGGCCAACUUCCAGUAUGAUAAAGCUCCACCGCUGGGGUUCCCACAGCAGAUAGACAGUUGUGUAAUGCCAAUAAGGAUGACGACUUUUGAAGACAUUCCCCUGGAGCAAAGUGCUGUAAUGAAUGGUCACAUGGACUGUGGAGUGGGCUUAUCACGUGAGCAGAUGAAAGCUUUGGAUCGCCAUGUGCAAAGAACACCUAUUUUCAGCCCACUCCUGCGGUGCAAGAGUAAGGAGUCUUUAGCUUCUGAAUCGUCCAAUCAGACCAGCGGCUAUCAGUCUGGCUACCACUCUGAUGACGCAGAAGUGCCAAUAUACGCCAACGAGGAAAUUAUCCUAAAGAGAGACAUUCGUAAGAAACCUCCACUGCCCAAGAGAGACGACAAGUUCACCGCAGAUGUCCGUUAUAGUGCACCUCCAGUUUAAACCUGUGUUUAUAGAUGAGCUUUGAACAGUGUUCUCUUUUUCUCUAGUUUAGAACUUUAACCACUCAGCCAUUUCAUGAUCAUUUCAUGCAAGUAGUACAAGAGUCAAAGGGUUAUUUCCUGUCUAAAAUGAGUAGGAACCUUCAGGGUUCCCAUGGUCGUCGAAAAAGUGGAAAUAUCAGGGAACUUUAAAGGGAUAGUUCACCCAAAAAUAAACUGUCUCAUAAUUUACUCGCCUUCAUGCCAUUCCAGAUGUGUAUGUCUUUCUUUCUUCCAUAUGACUGCAGUGGUAAAAUCCAUAUUGUCAGAAGCGAUAUGAUGGGUGUGGGUGAGAAACAGAUCAAUAUUAAUCUUCUUUUGUUUUUGGCGAUUUGCAUUCUUCAUGCAUAUCGCCACCUACUGGGCAGAGAGAAGAAUUUAUAGUAAAAAGAACUAUUUUUUCACCUACACCUAUCAUGUCGCUUCUGAAGAUAUGUAUUUAACUACUGGAGUCAUAUGGAUUACUUUCAUCCUGCCUUUAUCUGCUUUUUGGACCUUUACAUUUCUGGCCUCCAUUCACUUGCAUUGUAAGGACCUGCAGAGCUGAAAUAUUCUUCUAAAAAUAUUUGCUUGUGUUCUGCAGAAGAAAGAAAUCAUACACAUCUGGGAUGUCAUGAGGGUGAGUAAAUGAUGAGAGAAUUUUCAUUUUUGGGUGAACUUCCCCUUUAAAAUUAAAUGUUUUUUUGUUUUUUUAAAUCAUGGAAAAAUCUUCAAAAGUCAAGGAAACUAAACAUUCUAGUAGCUUUAGCUAUAAAACAUUUAAUCUGCUUGAAAUUUCAUAAGUGCAGUUAUUUUUCAUUAUAUAUUAGGUUUUUCCUGCCAUUACUUAUAAUAUCUCUGGUAUUACAACUACAUGCGCUGCAUGAUCCAAAAACAACUAUUUAACUGACACUCAAGCUUUGGUUUUAACUGCUAUCUUUUUUUUUUAUACGUAGUUUUUUUAAUAAAUGUAAUUUAUUGUGUUGGAAAAUACUGUAUUUUGUAGUUUUAUUCUUCAAAUGGGGGGGGGGGGGUUUAGUGAAAAAGCCUUAGCAAUACAGUCAUGUUUACACAGAAUGCAAAGCAAGAGUGGUCAAAGUGUGUCCACGGCACUUCCUGAGUAGAGGCAUGCCCUCUUCCUACCGAACAUGAAAUAGCAACUGGAAUGUCAAUGUAUAAAUGUUAUCCAUUUUUUUCAUCAUCUUUUGCAUUGUCUUUAAAGGAAUGAUGGCCUUGUUCUCUCACAAGCAACAGAGAGUCCAUCUGAUUAUUAUUAUUACUAUUUGUUUUGUUUUGUUUCUUUUUUUUUUUUUUUUUUUUAAGCUUUUUUUCUUGGUUGGCCUUUUGAUUGUACAGUUUGAGGGCCUUCAUGUACAAUGAGGGCCAUGUCAGUAUUUUGCCAUUAUGAGUAUUAUUUAGUAACACACACAUUAAUGUAAUUAGCUUUUGUUUUAAAUAAACUCUCUUGCCAAUCAAAAUGUGUAUUUUUGUGUUUGCUCUGUGAGCAAGACUUGUUUUCUACUUGCAUUUACAUUUUAGGUUUCAUGCAGUUGUAUUUUUGUGUAUGUGUGCGUGAGAACAAUCGGACCUUAGGAAA